AUGCCUAAAGUGGCGUGCAAGAACAGUAACAGUCCAGGUGGAGGUAGAGGCGGCGACGGUGGCGGCGACGGCGGCAACGGAGGCGGUUGCAAGCUCCUCAUUUCCCCACCAUCACCGCCACCCAGGAUUUCCUUCCCCUACCUAAUUAUCAUUCAUGGUCCUCCUAAAUCAACCAUCACUCCUAAUACAUGGCCGACACUUAAUUGCUCGAAACCCGGUCCACCGCCAGGCCCCAGUCCAACACCCGGGGGCGGCAUGUCCAUCAUCCCGCCCGGCGACAACAAAGAAGACGACCAAGAAGAAGAGAACGCAGGAGAGGAAAAAGGGAGAGCCUACGCCAUGAGAAAGCGACCCACCAAAACCGUCAUCGUCACGCCAACCACAGUGACAACAGCGACAACAACAAAACAGCAGCCCCCACCCGUAAAACGCCCGACUUUAGCAAAGAUAAAAGGCGCUGCUACGAUGGCGUCAGCCAAUAGACCCGCCGCGCACGCAUAA